AUGCUUCCUUGGCUUCUACUAGUAUUGGCCCCUGGCCUCGUCUGUGCUGAUGAUUUCUCUGGCUUGGGAUGCUUCAAGAAAUCAGACAUCCAGUCGCUCUUCCUGAGCCCUACCGAGUACAUCUAUCAGUCCACAUCGUGGUGUGAAAACAAGUGUCUGGGCCAGAAGGUGGCCGCAUUACUUGCUGGAAAGUACUGUUAUUGUGGUCUGACUGUUCCGCUUCUGUCGUUACAGGUCGAUCUGGACAACUGUAACACUCAGUGCCAGGGUUUCGGUACUCAAACCUGUGGUGGUAGCGACUACUUCUACGUGUAUGUCAACGAAGACGUGGAUGGCUCCACUAUGCAGCUGAGCCUGUCUUCAGCUCUGUCUUCGCUGUCUUCGCUGUCCUCGCUGUCCUCGCUGUCUUCGCUGUCUUCGCUGUCCAACCGCUCGUCCUCGUCUCGGACCCCUUCAUCAUCGAACACCUCGGAUAGUACGUCUUCCUCUACCGACCAAUCGAGUCUGUCCUCGGUAGCAUCUUCAAAUUCCCAAUCGCAAGCCACGUCGUCUCAGGAACAGUCGUCUUCACCGCUGGCUUCCAUCACCUCGGGGUCGUCCAGUGCUGCUGGUCAGGUAACCACGUUGAUCUCUACCGUCACAGGAUCAUCAAGUGGUGGCGCCAGUGCAUCCAUCAUCGAAGUGACCACCACUGUUGGAUCAUCACUGCCAUCAUCGAGCCACUCCAGUUCCAGCAGCUCGGGCACCAGCUCGGGUUCGGGCUCGGGUUCCAAGAAGUUGUCUGGAGGAGGCAUUGCUGGUGUGGUCAUUGGAUCCAUUGCCGGUGUAGCGCUCAUUGCUGGACUCAUAUUACUUUUCUUGCGGUGGAGAAGAAACCGUGACGAUGACGAUGAUGAGGAUUUCUUCGACACGGGCCGGAACAAGGAACAAGGAUUCGAUUCGGUCACACCCAACCCUCUAAUGAGCAGAGGCGCCGGCGUGGCCGGUGUUGGCGCAGCUGGGGCCCAUAUGCAUAAUAACUCCAACACCACUCGGUCUUAUUCUACAAAUGAUGACGGUUUGGAUCACAACGGGCUUGAUCACGACUUUUUGCUGCCUCCGCUUGACGAGGAGUAUGGCCGACGGAGACUUUCAAACGGAUCAUUACCAGAUAUGGCUGACCGCAUGGCUGACCGCAGGUCGCAGCCGUUGAAGGUGGUGAACUACUAA